AUGGUGGGAGACAAGGCGAGAGGGGAGAUGAAUGCUUUUCAGAGAAAUGAAUCCAAGGAAACUUUGUUCACUUUUAUUUCUGCAGGAGAUGAUCCCCCCAAAGGAGAUUUCCCUGUUCAGAAGAAAUCCCCGAAACUCUGUGGCUCCAACUACCCCCUAAGCAUUGCCUUCAUCGUGGUGAAUGAGUUCUGCGAGCGCUUCUCCUACUAUGGCAUGAGAGCUGUCCUGACACUAUAUUUCUUAAGCUUCUUCCACUGGGAUGAGAAUCUCUCCACUGCUGUCUACCAUGCCUUUUCUGCGCUAUGCUAUUUCACACCUGUCAUUGGAGCCAUUAUGGCAGACUCGUGGCUGGGGAAAUACAAGACGAUCAUCUACCUCUCUGUUGUGUAUGUUGUUGGCCAUCUGAUAAAGUCAGUUGGUGCAAUUCCAUCCCUAGGCAACCAAGUGGUUCAUGUGAUCCUAUCUAUGGUUGGUCUGUUUUUGAUCGCCCUUGGAACGGGAGGAAUCAAGCCAUGUGUCUCUGCAUUUGGUGGGGACCAGUUUGAAGAAGAACAUACCUCGGAGAGAAGCAAGUUUUUUUCCAUCUUCUAUUUAUCCAUUAAUGCUGGAAGUUUGAUCUCUACGUUUGUAACUCCUGUAUUAAGAGGGGAUGUGAAAUGUUUUGGAGAGGAUUGUUAUGCACUGGCUUUUGGUGUCCCAGCAGCACUGAUGGGGUUGGCCCUUGUUGUGUUCAUUGCUGGAAGUGGACUGUACAGAAAAACACCACCACAAGGGAACAUCUUAUUGGAAGUGUGUAAAUGCAUCGGUUUUGCUAUUAAAAACCGACUGAAAAACCGCUCCAGUCAGAUUCCAAAGAGAGAUCACUGGCUGGACUGGGCGUCAGAAAAAUACUCGAAACAGCUGAUUGGGGAGGUUAAAAUGGUGACACGAGUUCUCUUCCUUUUCAUACCGCUGCCAAUGUUCUGGGCCCUGUUUGAUCAGCAGGGAUCCAGAUGGACUUUGCAAGCCACAAAAAUGAAUGCUGAUUUUGGAAUAUAUGUCCUUCAGCCUGACCAAAUGCAGUUCUUAAAUCCACUUCUUAUUCUUGUCUUCAUCCCAAUUUUUGACCUUGGGCUCUACCCCCUGAUAAACAUGUGCAAAUUUAAUUUCACACCUAUUAGGAAAAUGGCAACAGGUAUGAUCCUUGCAGGGAUGGCGUUUGGACUUGCAGCUAUUGUGGAAGUCAAAAUAAAUGAAACUGAUAUGCCUCGACUUGUCCCAGAAGAAAGUUUAAUUCGGGUCCUGAAUUUGGCAAAGAACCCUGUUCAAGUGACAAUCCAAGACAAGGACCUAUUUCAGCAGCCUGUGGAGGCUUUUCAGAACCCAGCUGAGUACUCAAAAUUAAUACUGAAUGGAGAGCAACAGAGCCUUCGCUUCACCCUGCAGUAUCAAGGAUUGUCUCUUCCUUUUAACUACACCGUGAAGGAAAAAUCAGUAUAUAGCUUAAUUGUUUUUGAGGCAGACGGAAACCUAUCAAGCCGCUUAAUUACAGACUUGGAAGCAAAGCCAGAAAAUGGUUUGGCAGCUGUUAGAUUCAUUAAUGGCUUGAACCAAGAUGUCAACCUCACCAUUGACAGCAAACGGUUCGUUGCUGUUCAGAGAAACUACAGUGCUUCUGAGUACUCGCUGUUAGAGAGGGACAGAUAUAACAAUGGAAAAUGCAUAACUGAAAUGGGAGAGUUUACCCUGGAGCUAGGGCUGCUUGACUUCGGCGCGUCAUACACCAUUGUGAUAACUAAUGUUUCUGGAGGUGCAGUUAAGACAUGGAAGUCAGAAGACAUAAAGGCCAACAAUGUCCAUAUGGCUUGGCAGUUACCACAGUACUUAUUAAUAUCUGCUGGGGAGGUGAUGUUCUCCAUUACAGGUCUGGCCUUCUCCUAUUCUCAGUCUCCAGCCAGCAUGAAGUCGGUGCUGCAGGCAGGCUGGCUGCUCACGGUGGCUGUUGGGAAUACCUUUGUGCUUGUUGUUGCCCAAGCUGCACCAAUGGCACAGUGGGCUGAAUUUGUCUUGUUCACUGUUCUCCUCUUUGCUGUGUGCAUUGUUUUCUCCAUCAUGGGAUAUUUCUAUGUCAGUGUGGAUCCAGAGGACCUAGAAGAAAAGGAAGAGAAGAGAGAGACCCCAAGCAGAGGAAACAUGAUUAGUCUUGUUACUCAGAAAACAAAGCUCUAA